CGUAAAAAAGCCGUCCUCCUGAUAUUUCCGUGAGAGAUGCUCCAUCAGCUGGCUUCCCCUUUACGAGUCAUGUCUUCACACGCCUCUCCUGCUCGGUCGCACGACCCCGCCGCGGUAUUGACUCCUCUCAGCUGAACGGUCUCGGGGUGUGUGCGUGGUGUUGGAGGGGGGUGGUUCGUCCGGCCCACCGAAGCCGCCUGCAGCUGUGCCCGUGGUCCAGGAGGCAGUGCUCGCCAUGACCUCGUCUCGCUGCGAUCCUACGGACAUUUGCUGACGAGGUUUCCACAGCAACCGCUCAUCGGCUUCCAUUCUUUUUCUAAUGAGGACAGCCACGGGGAUCUAACACGGUUCCUCGCCGCGCGCGUCUCACAUUUUGGAUCUCAAGACGCGUCAAAGGUCUGCACAUGGGAGCAGGCAAGAGCAAGCCCAAGGAGCUGGGCUCGCGCUCCAUGAGCCUGGAUGGCACCAUCGGUACGGGAUCAGACAGCGGCCACUUCCGUCAUCUGAGUCCUGCCCAGCAGACCCUCACCCCCGACCGAAGCCCUGCUGUAGGAUCAGGCAGGCGGGGGCAUCAAGGGCAGCAGCAGCUCGCCCCCACAAACACCCCCGUGUUGACUUUGUUUGGAGGGGUGGAUAACACAGGAACUCUCACGUCGCCUCAGAGAGGACCUCUUUCAGGAGGUGUUACCACAUUUGUGGCUUUAUAUGACUAUGAGUCCCGGACAGCCUCCGAUCUGACCUUCAGGAAAGGCGACCGGUUGCAGAUUGUCAACAACACGAAAAAGUACAGCUUCAGAGAAGGGGACUGGUGGCUUGCUCGCUCGCUGACAACGGGAGAAAGUGGUUACAUCCCCAGCAACUAUGUGGCUCCCUCAGACUCCAUCCAAGCAGAAGAGUGGUAUUUCGGGAAGAUUACUCGGCGUGACUCAGAGAGGCUCCUUCUGAACCUGCAGAACAGACGAGGAACCUUCCUGGUGCGGGACAGCGAGACCACAAAAGGGGCUUAUUGUCUGUCUGUGCUGGAUUAUGACAACGCCAAAGGCUUGAAUGUUAAGCAUUACAAGAUCAGGAAACUGGAUAGCGGCGGUUUCUACAUUACCUCCCGUACCCAGUUCACAAGCUUGCAGCAACUAGUCUUCCACUACCGUAAGCACUCUGAUGGCCUUUGCCACGCCCUCACAGACAUCUGUCCAGUGGCCAAACCUCAGACGCAGGGACUCGCCAGGGAUGCCUGGGAGAUUCCUCGAGAGUCCCUUCGCCUGGAUGUUAAGCUGGGACAGGGAUGCUUUGGAGAAGUCUGGAUGGGCACAUGGAACGGUACAACACGGGUAGCCAUUAAGACCUUGAAGCCUGGAACUAUGUCUCCAGAGGCCUUUCUUCAGGAAGCACAGGUCAUGAAGAAGCUCCGGCACGAGAAGCUGGUCCAGCUCUACGCUGUUGUGUCUGAGGAGCCCAUCUACAUCGUCACGGAAUAUAUGAGCCAAGGUAGCUUAUUAGACUUCCUGAAAGGGGACACGGGAAAGUUGCUUCGACUGCCACAGCUCGUAGACAUGGCAGCUCAGAUUGCAGCUGGCAUGGCCUAUGUAGAGAAGAUGAACUACGUCCACAGAGACCUGCGGGCUGCUAACAUCCUGGUGGGGGACAACCUGGUGUGUAAGGUAGCUGACUUUGGUCUGGCAAGACUGAUUGAAGACAACGAGUACACUGCAAGACAGGGAGCAAAGUUCCCGAUCAAAUGGACGGCACCAGAGGCAGCUCUGUACGGGCGUUUCACUAUCAAGUCUGAUGUUUGGUCUUUCGGUGUGCUGUUAACAGAGCUGGCAACUAAAGGCAGAGUUCCUUAUCCAGGUAUGGUAAACCGUGAAGUGCUGGAUCAGGUGGAGCGUGGCUACAGGAUGCCUUGCCCUGCGGAGUGCCCUAGUUCCUUGCACGAGCUCAUGCUGUCAUGCUGGAGGAAGGAUCCAGAGGAGAGGCCUACAUUCGAGUACCUUCAGGGCUUCCUAGAGGACUAUUUCACCUCCACAGAACCCCAGUAUCAACCUGGAGAGAACCUAUAGAAUCUCAUUGAAUCAAAUCUGAAAAAAAAAAAAAAAAUUGUAGAAAGGUCUCAGCACUGUAUGAUCUGCACUAACCAACCAAGAAGCAUCCUAGGAGGAUCUGAGCUUGUGAAACUAUUCUGUGAGGAAGUGGAAGCAAAACCGAGACUGAUACCUGUGGAAGCCCACUGCUGUGCUUUAAAGGAACUGCUGCAGAAAAAUUCUCUUUUCUGCAACCACUCUCUUGUCACCCAAUUUCUAAUGCACUGAAGACAUUCAGAGGGGUAAAAGAACCAUCGAUGGACUUAGGGGUUGGAGGGGGGGGGGGAGAGUUGUUUUUAAGAGGUGCAGCUAUGCGAGAAACAUCAAUAUCUGCUGACGGUGCGAAGGGUUCAAACGAAGCCUCCUGCCUCCUGCCAAGAGAGAAUAUUUAAAUCGGGCAUGAGCUGCUGAGUGACAUUUCCCUCUUUCUCUGUUGCAUCUCUUCGCCUUCGUCUGGUACCUUUUCCGCCCACAGAAGAGCUCUGCUGCUGUGGCAUCCAUCCAUCUCCCUAAACGCGCCUCAUCUCCUCUCUGCCUCUCCUUUUCUGUCUGGCCUUCGUUACGUUUCUCCAGAUUUUCAAGUGCUUCUUCUCGUCUCAACAUAAUGAAUUCUGCUUGUUUUAACUUAUUGUUUACUUUGGCUAAAUGAUGUCCACUUAUUUAAGGGUUUGCUCAGUUGAGAAGGUUGCUAAAGUCAUCAUGAUGCCAGGCUAUGUAACAGCAAGUUCUUAAAGUUACUGAAUUUCGACUUUUGAGGCCUUCUAUCGUGUUUAACCAUGCUGGAUCAAACCUCCAUAUAAAAAAAAACAUUCUGAUGCAGUUUGUGCCUGAAUGCUUGUUGUCUAAGAGUGGGAGCGAUUAGCACCGUUUCAGGAAGACAGUUCAAGAUGUUUUAGCUUUACUUUCCCAGAUAAGUGUGGUGACGUUCAUCAGGUGGCCUACAUAAAAAAGGGGGCCACAAAACCAAUCAGUAUAAGAGCUAUCGUCCAACUCAAGAAGGUGUGUUUCGUGCCAAACAUUUCUUUCCUCAAUGUGCAUAUACUGUUUUACUUUUACGGAGCUUAUCAUUGAUUUCCAUGCAAUUGUUUACUUGAAUCCACCAGGUGAGCUGUUUGUAGGUGAGUAAACCAGAUAGGUGACCGUUUUUACCAUUUGCUAAACUAAUUAGAUAGGUUUUAAUAACUUAUAUCACAUCUAAAAUAUGCAACCAGGCAACUCUAUUGAAACUGUAAACCUUUGAUCAGGUAACCCCAAUAAAACUGUGUUUGACUUUAAUAUAUGAGAGUUGAUUUUAAAGCCAGUUAGCAUGCUUAUGUGCUGUUCUCUUGAUCAUUGGCUGGAUUUGUAUUUAUGCUGUGUUGUACAUGAACGUGUGAUUACUUAAGGUUCGGUUGAUGAUUUGGCAUCUUAUACUUUUUUUAAUAGUUUUCUUCAAAGUGUGAUUUUUUUUUUUUUCAGUCAUAAUGUACAUAACGUAGCGCUUUUUCUGUUCUUUUUUUCGUCCCUCGUUUGCUCAAAUUGCAGGUAUUUGAAGUCACAGGUUAAAGAUCUGCAGGAGCAGAUAUGAAAGUUUAGACGGUUAAAGCCAGUUUUCUCAACAUGAGUCAUGCAGCAAUAAGCGACAGCAGUCUUCGCCCACUCACGUCACAAAGAAAUGACAACUUGUGAUGUUGGCUGAUUUUGAACAUGGCUGAUUAUCAGAACCAGAACAAUAGAGUGUGGAUUCUGUUGUUACAGGAUGAUGUGAUUAAUGAGGUCAAAGAUGUAAAUAGUUUCCUAAACAAUUGACUGUGACUAUCAUGUAAUUUUGUUUUUGUAUAGUUUUCAUUUCAUUGCACCUCCAAGUGGAGGUUUUUACACUGACACGCCUGCUCCUACAAGAUUUAAUGAAUUAGACGAUGCUGUAAUUGGGAUUAAGUUUUAUAUCUUUUGGUUUUAAUCAUGAAAAAAGGCCAUGUUCAAAACAUAUUUUUUUUAAUUAAAAAACAGCUUGGGUAGAUGUACAUCUUUCCAUGAAAACCAUAGUUCUUUUCUUAUUUAGAAUGGGGAAUUACCCUCCUUUUUUGGCACUUCCUUUCUGCCUGUAAGUCAUUGAGACUUUGUGGAAGUUAAGAAGGCUCAUGACAAGCAUGAGUAACAGUGAAGUCAGGUCGCUUUUUUUUGGGUGCCAUUUUAAGAACUGUAACAAUCUCUUUUAAAAAAGUUUUUUUUUUUUUUUUUGCUUUUAUAAACUAUGCAGUUUCGGUCUUGCAUCCCUCCAACCCUUUGGCCACUUUGUUCUUUACUCAAAAACAGUUCUUAACCGGUGUGAGCAUUUUGUAAAGACUUUUUUUUUCCUGAUGUAACAAGAAUUGAAAUUGGUAUUGUGCCACUUUAUGUUGAUCUUUAAAUGUGCAAUAAAUUAUAUUUCAAAAGUG